GUGCUUAAGUAUCGGUCCUUCCGCCACAAUCAUCAUCGCUUGCCCGCCGACCUCUCUGACCUCCUUCCCUUCCUCCCUCGCCGACCCCACAACAUGUUGUAUGAUCCAGUAGAGGCUGGCAAUUAUGCCAAAGAAAUUCCGAGCCUGGUCAGCAUGUGCCAGCGAGUGGCGGCGUAUAAUGCGGACUGUAUAUUGUCCCUACGCGGUAGCUUGCCCGUAGAGUUCUUGCCCCCGAUCUUAGCGCAAGCGCAGGCCGAAGACUUGGUACGGUGGGAGGAAGACUGGCCGGAAAUCGCAGAGCUUACGAGACCCGUCUGGAAGAAUGUCCUUCGGAAGAGGUUCCCCAAGGAGUGGCAGCAGCUGGAGGCAGAGAAUAAGGACCCAGAAUCAUGGAGUGAAUGCUUCACGAUGUUCAAGGAACAAGAGACCCGCAGAUUCGAAGAGGCAGUGAACAAACUACGCAACGCGCGUGCGGACGAAGACCAGCGCAAGCAGCUACGCAUGACGAAGGUGGACGCUAAGCUACCACCGCCGAAGCAACGCAAAUAUGGCCAAUCUUGGGCACCCAAGACCGCUCUGCAGAAGACCUACACAAAAGCGUCUAGGCAACAACAAGCUACCUUUGCUCGUACCGCACCUCCCGCCUUUACCCCCAAAUCCUACGCAUCCCUCACACGAGGGGCAAGAUUCAACGCACUUGAGGUUCAAGUGCGUUGAACGCAAAUGGCGCGAAAGAUCGUGACGUAACUCAUCAGUUCUGCACGUGCUCCAAGGCCGUGCAACGCGUGUAUCGCCGAUCGUUUUUUAUCAUCUUACUCUCGACCACUAUGAUUCCAGUACCUGCUACUUCCAUGCCGCCUGACGGGCCCACCACAUAUUCCGCAACAACGCACAGAUCUCGGGAGCCUGGUACGCACAUUGCUUUUUCUUACGCAAGCGAGCGUCCGUCGUGGGCUAUAGUUUGCGGCACACCCAGCCUGCCACCUUGUCUGCAACCUACAUCGUACAUUCCCAAUGAAUUCUACGUUCUUCCUACGUCAUAAUCCUUAUGUUGGUGUUUCUCAGCAAGGUGAAGGUUACUCAUCGCUCAGGGUGUCCAAUACCCCAUCGAAUAGUGUAGAGGGAUGAAUCUUGGGUGCUCCACGUGACAGAGCACCCAAAAUCCAGCUCUCUUCGUCGAGUCCGG